GGCAGAAGCUGCUGUCCUCCAAUUCGACUUUUCCCUCCCACCCUUCCUGUCGUACUCGACUUUAAAUACAAGUGUUUCUUAUUCUUCAACUUCCAUCAGAGGUUCAACUAUAAAACACUCACGAGACAACGAAGUGUCAUUUAAUACUACUCCAAUACCCUUUCGAGUAGAUAGUCGAUUGUUUAAUUUCCCUUUUUUAGUGAUACCCAUCUUCUUGAUACCCAAUUUUUCAUUUUCAAAAAACCCCAACUAUCAAAAUGGCCGAUCAACAGAAGCCCGUCGAGGUCGCCGAGACCACCCCCGCCGUCGUUGAGCCCGUCGCCGAGACGAAGCCUGAAGAGACACCCGCAGUCGAGGCUCCCGCCGCCGAAGCUGCUGCCACUGAAGCUGCGCCCGAGACAACUGAGGGUGAGGCCGAAGCUGCCGCACCCGCUGAAGAGGCCAAGAAGGAAGAAGUGAAGCCCAUCGAAGCUGGUACCCUUGAGCACAAGGGUGCUCCCGCCAACUUCCCCAAGAACCUCAUCUACUCCAAGCUACACUUCUGGUUCGGCACCGAGGCCGUCCCCAAGGACAAGCUCGCCGCCUACCUAAAGAACGAGAAGACCGCCGAGGUCGCCCAACACGUUGCCGCCUGGGCCACCGAGACCGGAAAGGGUCUGUUGUUCUACGGAAAGGAGAGCGAUAAGAGCACCCCUACCGGCGCUAUCCAACUUGCUGAGGCUUCUGAGCCUAGUACCGAGGGUACCAGCAAGUUCUCCUUCACUGCCAAGGGCCACAAGCACACCUUCAAGGCCCCCACUGCUGCUGAGCGUGACAACUGGGUCGAGCAGCUUAAGCUGAAGAUCGCCGAGGCUAAGGAGGUCGCCGCUACCAUUGCUGAGACCGAGGCUUACAAGCAGACCAUCGAGAGCUUCAAGCCUACUCCUCCCCCCAAGGAGGAGAAGCCUGCUGCCGCUGCUGAGGGUGAGGCCCCCAAGGAGGAAGCUAAGGAAGAGCCCAAGGAAGAGGAAGAUAAGGUUGAGGAGCCUAAGGAGGAGAAGAAGGAAGAGAAGAAGGAGGGCUCUAAGCGCCGAUCUGCCAGCCGAAAGCGCGCCUCCAUCUUCGGUAACCUUCUCAGCAAGAAGGAGGAGCCGAAGAAGGAGACCCCUGCUGAGGACAAGCCUGCCGAGACGACCGAAGUUGCUGAACCCGCUGUCGAGCCCGUCGCCGAGGCUGCUGCUGAGACUGAGGCGCCUGCUGCUGAAGCUGCUGCACCCGCUGAGGAGGCUAAGAAGGAGGAGCCCGCCACCAAGCCUACUCCUUCCAAGCGUGCUAGCCUUUUCGGUGGUCUAUCUUUCGGCAAGAAGAAGGCCGAGCCCUCUGCUGAGUCUGCCCCCACCACUCCCGCUAAGGAGACAUCUGGUGCUGAGGCCCCUGUCGCUGAGACCGCUCCUGUGAUCCCGGCUGUCGAGACCACUGAGCCCCUCUCAACUGAGGUCGCUUCUCCUACUGCCGCCGCUGCGGAGGGUGCUGAUGCCCCUGCUACCAACGGCGAGACCAAGGAGGUCAAGACUGAGAAGCGCAAGUCUUCUCUGCCUUUCGGCUUCGGCAAGAAGGACAAGUCUGCCGCUUCCGACGAGGAGGGUGAGAAGGUCAAGUCCCCUCCGUUCUUCUCCAAGCUACGCCAGACCGUGAAGGGUAAGGGCAAGGCUGAGAAGCCCGCCGAGGACAAGCCUGCUGAGACCGCCGAGGCGUCUGAGCCCACUAAGGAGGCCACCCCUGAGGAGCCCGCUGAGGAAGCCGCCCCCGCGGAGACGCCUGCCGCUGCUACCCCUGCCCCUGUUACUGCCGCCGCAUAGAGUGCGCGCCGGUUCGGCCUACGGGUCCUACAUUAAUGUUUUCGUAAAGAGUAUCCACGACACUGGGUUUGGUCGGGAACGGAUCUGCAUUUCAAGAUACCCUACAAGACUGGUUCUGAACUGAUACCCCCAUCUGUUGUCGGCUAUUGACAUUCGCUUUUUCCGUUUGUUGCGGGAGUGGGCGCGUUGAUGAGCCGAAGGAGAUGGCAUCCAUGAUCUUUAUAAUUGACGCUUUUUGCAUGUCUUGUCUCAAUUUGCGAGGAGAACUGCUUUUGUUUUGACACAUCUUUUCCUAAUACUCAGCUGAUACCCAGUAUACCCCCUGUCAUUUGGUUGAUGCGGAUCAGAAAAUACCUGCGAGACGGCACGCAAACGUUUCUUCUUUUACAGUGACGGAGUAGUAGGAAGUGGAAUAUGGAGUGGCGUUGCUGCUCGAUGAUGAGUGGGCGAAGCCCUCUAUGGAACAGAUGUCGUGCAGAGUGUUUUACCAUGUAGGGUAUGCCACCUGCCGGCUGAAGCAUUCUCUUAAUAGCUAAUAGAAACUCAUGUGUUUGGUGUUGUUACCUUCUCUGUGUUUCGUAAUAUUUUGAACUUGUGAUUGUGGUAUGUACUUAGCUGAGUUGAUAUUGCCCAGGUGGUACCGUAGUAAAUCAUAUUAUUCAAUU